AUGGCGCCAUUUGCAUCUGGCCGCCAUGACAAACGCAAAAGAAAAAAGCGCCAACUCAUUGUUGAUGAACACAAAAGUAUCUCAGUGGACGAGAUGAAAGCAAAUAUGGCGGACUUCUCGGAUACGCUGCAAACGCUGGACCUCGCUCCACCAACACGUCGGCUAAUGCUUUUGAAGGAGUCUAGCCUAGUGGAGAAACUUUUGCAGCUCCCAGGAUGCCCUUCAUUGAGAGCUACGCCGUUAGUCAUGCUGUACCAGUCUCAUCUGAGGAUGCAGUUUCGCGAUACAGAGGAAUGCGAGAUCAAGGAUAUACACGUCUCUGACGACAUUGAGCUCACCUAUGAGGAAAGACAAGAAGACGGAGAGAAGACGUUUCGUGAGGUGCACAAAGCUGUUUGCCAUUUGAAAGGAAGGCAGAAUUUGCUAAGUGUGAUUGCAGCGAAACUUCAAUCAGCGAACCAGUCUCAGAUUGUAUUUGACGAUCUUAUGACGCGAAGUGCUACACGAAAGACGGCAGCACGGAGGUUUUUUAUACUGUUGGAGUUGGUCGGACUACGCGCGGUAAAUGUGAUGCAGCAGGGCUGUUAUCACAACAUUUUCAUAUCGGCUGGACCCAACUUGGGCGAAGUAAUGGCUCAGUAG